AUGAGUGCAUGGGAAAGAUACUUGAUGAAAGAAAUCUUUAGAAUGAUAAAUUUAAAAAAUUAGCCAUCAGAAAGGCACUUAAAGAACCAGAAUAUUUCUGCUAGUAAUUUAGUUUGGAUGGAAAAAAUACCACUCUUUUAAAUGGCAUCGCAAAAUACCCAGAAGUUUAAUUGGCGAGAUCUUAUUUAAAAGAUUGAAGCAAAUCUCAAGGAUAUACAAUUAACUAUAGAUAAAAUCAUAAAUGAACUAAAAGAAGAGGUUUAUAAUAUUUUAAACAACAAGAGCAAUUUUAGGAAAUAAUUAGAAAAAGUAACUCAAUUUUCUUAGUUUAAAGAAAUAAUUGAAAGUCUCAAUAAUACAUAGUAAACGAUCACUCACGAUGUUGUCAAUCAAGUAGAAACAAAAUUAUUGCAAAUAUUCAUGGAUCUUGAAAAAGAUUCAAGCAGUUUUAAUAGAGAAAUAAAAGAUUAUUCAGCAUCAAAUAAAAUUAAUAAAAUAAAUUUUUCAGGAUUUCAGUAAUUUAAAGACUAAAUCAAAUAAUUUUUACAUCUUUCAUUAUAAUUCCAAGGAAAAAUACCUUAUGACUAAUUUAUUGUUUCCGAAGACUAUUUCAAUAACCUAUUAUUAAGUAAAAUAAGUCUAGAGGCUGGAAAAAAAAUUCAAAAAACUAACUUAAUAUUUAAUGAAUAAUAAUAAAAUUUGAAUUGUUAUUCAUUUUGGAAAAAUGUCGAAAAUAAAAGCAACUUAUUAAUGAUAUUUAAAUCAAAUAGUGGUUAUAUAUUUGGUGCGUACACUCCUUUAAAAUGGGUUUAUGAAAAUAAAAGAAUGGUUUGGGAUAGUUCUAAACUUUCAUUUUUGUUUUCAUAUACUCAUAAAACUAUACAUCAGAAAUCAAAUAACUAGACUUGUGCUAUCAAGUUAUAGAAAUUGUAUGGUCCUUGUUUUAAUUAGGAUCUAGAAAUAGAAGGUGACUUUUAGAAAGGAAGUUCAAACCUAGGACAUGCUUAUAAAAAAUAGGCUGAAUAAAACGCAAGUACACAUUUAUUUGGAUAAGAAACUCCAAACAUAAUAAAAUGUCAGAUUUUUGAAAUUAUAUUCUAAUGA